AGAUAAUUUGGUAGAGAAAUAUAAUUUGUUGUUAACUUGUUACAAUAUACAAUGGAUAUGAAUGUAGAUGAGACAACAGUUGCUGGAAAUAUGGCUGGUGUUUUGCAAUGCAUUAAAACUUUUAUAACACAGUCAGGUCUACCACAAGAUUGCAUCAAUACAAGCACAUGUUUAUUUCAAGAACAAGAAAAUUUCUUUGACAAUUUGGAACACUUAGUUUCGUCAUUACAGGGCGUUCUUGAUCGGAAAACAAUGAACAGAAAAAUUAAAAAUGAAGUUGUUAAUGUGAAACCUGCACUGGAUCCUGAACUGGUUCAAAUAACUGCCUCAAAAAACGAGCUUGAUAAAAGAAUUGCUGCAUUUAUAUCUCAAGCUCAAAAUUUAGUCGAUGAGCAAAAUAUACAUGAGUUUGCAUACGAUUCAAAAGUCAAUUUAGAAAAAGAGGAUAAUGAACAAUAUGGCUGUGCAAGGACGAAUGCUUUGUACAGAAGGCCAGCAAAUCGCAUGCAUAUGCAUGUGAGUCGUGUUGAAAAUCAAGAAGGUCCACAAAUGCAAAUUGACUCCCAAGGAAACUGGCACGCUUCAAACAUCAAACCAGAAUCAACUUUUGGUCAUAAAAUUCCCCGUGGUGUGCAAGAAAGAUUUGUUAAUUUAGAAAACCAUGUCGGAAUAAAGUCUGAGAAGGUUCCGAUGGAUGUUUACGAGCGUUUAAAGAAACUUGAAGAAAGAGUUUUAGAGUUAGAGGCAACAUCUCCGGAAUAUUUUGAAAGUCAUCAAGUCUCUUCUGAGAGAAGUCGGAACCCAAGUAGAGAUGAAAACCAGUUCAGUCUGGAUGAGAUUGAUGAUAGGAUUCGAUAUCUUAAACAAAAAUUGCUGAAAAGCGAUAAGUUGCCAUGAAGACGAGGGUUAAUGAUGUGGCUGUGUAUUGUCCCACAGAAGAUUGUCGGCAGCUUUCUUUGAACCUGUACAGUGUAACUGUGAUUUUAGACAUAGAUGGCAAACAGAAUGUUGCUUAAUGCAGAAAUAAACAACUCUGAUUUACAA